AUGCCCCCAGCAGCUGCCUCUUUUCAAGGCGCCGAGGAUGAGGACGAGGAGACUGAAGAAACUUUGCUGGGCGGUGCCAACCGCAAAGCAACCAGUGAAGAAUGGCAAGAACUCGCUCCGAUUCACGAAGUGGCAAUCAGCGUCUCGUUCGUGGAGAGUGCUCGUCGGAAACUUGUGCUGGAAAGAUGGCGAAAUGCCGCAUGGCGUGCCGUGAGGCGUGCCGUAGACCCGUGGAAAAAGUUUAAUAUUCAUGAGAUGCCGGUAUUACGCGCAAGGAGGUUCCGCUAUUCUGCGACUCGCAAGACGUGGACGGAAGAUUUUGUUGAGAUCAAAAUGUGCAUGGAUUCUUUUGCAAGAGGAGCAAUGAGAGAAUGCUUUCGUGUGAAAAAGCUGUCCAGCAUGGGCUAUAAUCAAGGAUGGGAAAAUGCCCAUAACUACGUGGCCAAACGAUACAUACAGGAGGUGGACAAGCAGGUAAUCUUCGAUGACGUGAAGCUGCAACUCGACUGCAAGCUCUGGGCUGAAGAGUUCAACCGGAAUAACCCACCCAAGAAGAUCGACAUUGUGCAGAUCAAUGUCAUUCAGAUCCUCGACCUACCCGGCGAACCCUACUAUCACCUGGAACAUUUCAUCGAAGGGGAAUACGUCAAGUACAACUCGAACUCCGGCUUCGUUUCGGAAAUGCAACGCCAGACUCCACAUUCCUUUUCACAUUUCACUUUCGAACGAUCCGGUCACCAGCUGAUUGUCGUGGACAUCCAGGGUGUUGGUGAUCUCUACACAGAUCCACAAAUCCAUACAGUCGUCGGUACAGAUUAUGGAGAUGGAAAUCUGGGAACCAGAGGAAUGGCCCUGUUCUUCCACUCACAUCAGUGCAAUGAAAUCUGCCACAUGCUUUGUCUAACCGAAUUCGAUCUGUCGGUCAGCGAGAGGGAGCAGUUGAAGAUAGAUGUGGCCAAACUCAAGCCGGCACUGGAGCCUACGCAGUUUGUCAAACGACGCACGAGGCUGGAAAGUUCUUGCAAUCCAUUGCUGGAUGAAUUGGCACCCGAUGACGCGAUGGAAUGCCUGAGACAGCGAACAGACACUCUACGCCAACGUUCCCGCUCUAUUACCUCAAGCGCCUCAACCCCAAGCGGUGACAACAAAUCGGUGGACCACGACGAUGACUGCAUGUGUGAAAUUUGCGUCAACGAAAUCUGUGAAGGCGUCACCUUUGACGACGAGGAAAGCGUGAGCGAUACACAGAGCCGACGUGGCUCUUUGGGAGGAUCUAUCACCAGAAAGGUUGGCAGAGCUACACUGUCAGUCGAAUCUGCGGAUCGUCCUCAGCGUCGCCGCACGACAGACAGUAUGUGCUCCAGUGCAGGAGACAGUUCGCGCAUCACUGGUCUUACCGAGCGUGAUGAGUAUUGGGCUGUACAACGCAAGAAGUCGGUCCCGGCUGGAGUGAUUACAGCACUUCAAGGGCAGACCCAUCAGGAUGCAGCCACACAGCUUCGUCAUAUCUCAAUCCUCGGGCAAGUCCAUUUGGACUUGGCUCGCUACCAUGAAGCUGGGCGAUUUCUGCGUGAGGAAGACGCUAAUGAGGAGAAGUGCCGGGUAUUACAUGAGCUGACCUCGACUGGCGGUUCCAUAUCUUCCAACUCAAGCACGACGAGUGGGGAUGUGAAAUACGAUCAAGAAGCGGCAUUGUACCAUCUGGAUAUUGCACGCCGUUGUGGCAACCUGGAGGCUAUUCUUACUGUGGCAAAAAUGUGCUAUCAUCUUCACCAUGAGUUAUUGAAGGAGAUCGGCAACGACGUAUCAUGGUUCGCUGACUCGGAAGAAGACUUUGAUCGAGAUGUCCACCAAUUUGCGUUUGAUCUGAUGCUAACCGCAGCCGAAAUGGGUGACCGUGGAGCGAUUCUCUUCGUUGCUGAGGCCUACGAGACCGGGAAGAAUAUGGGAAAAGAUGGAGCGAUUCAUUACCCAUCGGCUAUUUUCUGGUUCGAAAAAAGCAUGGGUUUUGCCGAUGACGAGGAGGGCACCGAACAACAUAGACCCAGACAUGAAUUGCUUGCAAAUAUGGCACGCAUGUAUCAGGAGGGUGGCCAUGGCCUUGAGCAAGACAUGACUCGGGCUUACGAGCUCUACAACGAAGCUGCUGAAGCCGCGAUGGAAAACAUGAAAGGAAAACUGGCCAACAAGUACUACGAAUACGCCGAAAUGUGUGCUUGU